AUGGCAACAAAAGCCAAAACCCUGGUGAAACUAAAACCAAUAGCUGGUCGAAAUGAAGAGAAAAAAACUAUUAAUUUAACAAAAAAAAUUCCUCCUGUUUCUUUAAAUGAACAACAACAAUUAAAACCAAUUACAGCAAAUACAUCAGAAUUUAAUCGAUUAGUUACUGGAGAUUUUACACAAAAUUUUUCUAAGCAAACAUCACGUCUGUUCAGAAUUUUUAUUAGUUCAACUUUUUCGGAUUUUAAAAUUGAAAGAAAUGAACUUUAUCGACGAGUAUUUCCAUCAAUUAAACAAAGAUGUGCACAACUUGGUUAUGAAUUUCAAGUUGUUGACAUGAGAUGGGGUGUUUCAGAUACAGCUGAUAGUGAUCAUACAGCUGAUAUAAUAUGUAUCGAUGAAAUUGAUCGAUGUAUUGACUUAUCAGCUGGUCUUAAUUUUAUUUAUUUAAUUGGUAAUCGUUAUGGUUAUAUGUAUUGUCCAGUUGAAAUUGAUGAAGAUGAAUUUGAAACAAUUCUUGAAGUUGCACAUGAAGAAAAUAUAGCUAAUAUCGAUCUUAUUCAAAAAUGGUUUCAACUUGAUAAAAAUUCUUAUCCAUUGAAGUAUGUUUAUGUUCCAAUUACAACUUAUUUUAAACAUUUUGAAGAACAAUCAAUUGAACAACAAGAAGAAAAAAAACAAUGGCAAAUUGAAGAAAAAUCUUUAUUAAAAGCAUUACGAGAAUCUGUUGAUAAAGCAUUUCAAAAGAAAAAAUUAUCUAAUCAACAAAUGAUGAAUUAUUUUCAAUCAAUUACUGAAAGAGAAAUACGUCGAGGAACAAUAGAAAAAAAUCGUUCGAAUGUUAUUGGUAUCGUUCGUGAUUUCUCAAAUCCAGUUGUUGAAACAGCCAUAGAUGCAAAAUUUUUUGGUUAUUCAACAAAAAAUGAACGUAUAACUAAUUCAAUAGAUCAAUUAAAAACAUAUUGUGCUAAAGUAACACCAGCAAAACAAUUUAAAAAAUUUCUUGUACCAUGGAAAUCUGGUGGUUUAAAUAUAACAAAUGAACCAUCUCAUCGACAAUAUAUCGAUGAAUUGUGUACUUUUUUAACAUCGACUAUAAUGGAAUUAAUUGAUAAUAGUUGUCGUACAAUGUUAAAUAAAACUCUUUCAACAUUUCAUGAAGAUCUUCUUCAUCAUGCAAUAUUUUCUCAAGAAAAAACAAAAUUUUUCUUUGGCAGAGAAGAACUUUUAACUAAUGUUCAUGCACGUAUUGAAUUAAGUCAUCGAAAUAUUUCAACACCAAUUGCUUUUGUUGCUGAAUCAGGUAGUGGAAAAACAUCAUUUAUGGCACGUUUAGCAAAAGAAUUACGUAUAUGGUAUCCAACAAGUGCUAUAUGCAUACGAUUUUUGGGUACAUCAGCACCAUCAACAAGUAUUGAAUUAAUUAUACGUUCCUUAUGCGAACAAUUGAAAUUUUUAUACGGAAAUGAUGAUAAGGAUGAUGAUGAUGAUAAUUCUUUAACAUUUUCAUCACUUGUUCGAAUAUUUCAUGAACGAUUAAAAUCAGUAUCAAAAAGACAUUUAAAAAGUCUUGUUAAAAAAAAAUCUCGACCAAAACCAUUAUUUAUUUUAUUAGAUGCUAUUGAUCAACUUGAAGAUACAUCGAAACAUUCAUUUCAAUUUGAUUCAUGGUUAUUACGUUAUUUACCACGUGAUGUUCAUAUAUUUAUAUCAUUUAUCCCUACAAUUGAACGUUUUAAUUUAAAAGAUUUAUUUUUACAAUUUAUACGAAAUGAUGACUCAACAUUAUUUACAGUACCACGUCUUCACCCAAAUGAAUGUGAAAAUAUAAUUCGAAAUUCUUUACAAUCAUAUAAUCGACAAUUAACAUCUGAACAAUAUAUAUAUUUAUUAGCAACUGUAGAACAAAAUCCUAAACCUUUAUAUUUAAAAUUAUUAAUUGAUAUUGCUAGACGAUGGACAUGUUUUCAAACACAAUCAUUACAAAUAACUCUUUCAUUACCGGAAACAAUUGAAGAUGCUAUUGAACAAUUAUUUGCACGUUUAGAAAAUCGUCAUGGUAAAGAAUUCGUACAAUAUUCACUUGCUUAUUUAGUUUAUAGUUUAAAUGGUAUAUCAGAAAAUGAAUUAGAAGAUUGUUUAUCAAUAAAUGACGUUGUUUUAAAUGAAAUUUAUUCUCAUCAUGAUCCACCAAUACCAAAUGCAAUACAUGUACCAUCACUUCUUUGUCAAUCAUUUCAUUAUUCAAUAAAAGAAUAUAUAAGUCAAAAACAUAUACAUAAUAAACAUAUUCUAUCAUUUUAUCAUAGAAAAUUUUCGGAAUCAACAAGAAAACGUUAUAAACAUUUACGUGAACAAUGUCAUGAACAUCUUAUUGAAAUUUAUUGUAAUGAUCAAACAUCAUAUAAACGUACAAUAACAUUAAAAAAACGAAAUAAUAAAAUAAUAUAUGAUGCUGAUCGUUUAAUUAAUACACAAAUAACAAAUAUACUUAAUAAAAGAAAAUUAAUAUCAUUACCAUAUCAUUGUUUAGAAUUUGGUGUUGAAAAAGAUCAUCUAUUACGAUCAAUAUGUUUAUUUAAUUUAACUUUUCUUUCAUGUCAAUUAAAAAGUCUUGGUCAUACAAUAUUUCUUGAUACAAUACGAUAUUGUUUACGUUUAAGACCAAAUUGGUUUGAUUUAAAACGUCUUUAUCAUGCUAUAUGGUCAAUUGAUGAUGAACUUAUAAAAGAUUCAGAUGUAUCAUUAAUACUUGCAGAACAAAUACUUGGUUUUAUUGAUGAUUAUCAAACAAGUCAAUUAUAUGAUGAUAGUAAUCCAUUGAAUACUAAUAAUGAUCUUGAAAAACUUCUUCUUGAUUGUCGAAAAUAUUGUAUUGAACAUGAAAAUGCAUUUUGUUCAUUAUAUGCUGGUUUUCCACAAGCAACUGGUGCAUUAGCAUGGAGUUUUUCACCUGUAACACAUGUUUUAUAUACUAAUGAAUUUUAUGCACUUGUUAUUCUUGAUGGAAUACAAAAUGAAGAUGAAACUCAUUUUAUUGAAACGUCUACAGUUGCUAUGAUUAAUUUACAAACAGGAAAAGUCGAUAAAAUAUAUUUAGAUGAUAAUUUUGAUAAAAUUUGGAAUGGUUAUAUAACGAAAAAUGGAAAUAAAAUAUAUUUAUUUGGAAGUCGUACAGUACAAUCAUUUAAUAGUCGAACAGGUGAUAUGUUAAAUGAAAGAGCAUUAUCAUGGGAUAAUAAAUCAUUUUGUAAUAAAGCUUAUUGUAUAACAAGUAAUGAAGAUGGUCGCAUACCAAUAAAAAAUCCAUCAUUUCAAAUAGAAAAUAGUACAAACGUUGAUGUUUGUCUUCGAUGUAUUGGUGCUAAUGAUGAUUAUGUUCUUUGUCUUAUAUUUGAUGAAAAUAAUUAUGUUCUUAUCACACUUUGGUCAUUGAAUGAACAUAUUGAGAUAUUACCAAUGCGUUUUGCUUUUAUUUAUAAUAAUGAAUCAUCUCCUAGUCUAUUUGAUUUACCAUCAAAUAAUAAUGAAAAUUUAUAUCUUGCUAGUGUUAAUGGAGAUAUUCGAAUAUUAAAUCUUCUUGAAAUAAAAAUUAAAACUAAAGUACUAAGUUUAUCUAGUGAUGACACGAUUCAACAAGUGACUAUUUUACAAAAUCAACAAUUAGAUCGUUUAGUUUGUUUAUCUGAUGAUAAAAUUGCUAUAUCAACAGCAGAACACAUAACUUUAUUUGAUCGAAAAAAUCUUUCAGAAAUUUUACAAACAAUUAAUAUAAAUAAAGAACUUUUUAGUUGGAAUAUGAUUAAUCAAGAUGAUCAUAAUCAAAUAUUAAUAACAAUUGAUUCAAGUCAACAAUUUAUAAAAAUAUAUCGUGAAGAAAAAAAUUUUUCAUCAUCAUUAAAUCCAAUGAAAAUUGAAUUUCGUUCAAAUGUUGAAUAUAUUCAAUUAAUUCAAACAACAACAAUUAUGGAUAAUGAUGAAAAGAAAAAAACAUAUGUUUUAAUUUUACUUGAUGAUGAAACAAUACAAUUACUUGAUACAAAUCAAUUAUCACAAUCAAGUUUACAACCAAAAGGAUUGUUUACUCGAAUUAAAAAUUACAAUAUGAGUAAUACAAGUAUUACUGCAUGUGAAUAUGAUUUGAAUUGUCCAUUAGUAAUUUCUUUUUCGAAUAAUCAAUUUUCACCUCCACAAUUAUUACAUGCAUUUGAUAACAUGAAUGUUGAAUAUAUAACUAUGUUCAAUGAUGAUCAAUAUUAUGUUAUUAUUACCGGUGAAUAUAUGGUUAAUAUUUAUUCAAUAAAUAAUCUCAAUCAAUCAGUUUUUCAAUAUAAUCUUAAAAUAAAAUCACAAUCAAAUUUAUUUUCAUUAAAAACAUAUCAUUCAAAUAUAAUUAUAUUUAUGUUUAUGAAUCAAUUUAUAAUUUUACAAAUAAAAUUUUAUGAUAUUGAAAAUAUAUUUAAAAUUCAAUCUGAAGAAAUUUUUCCUACUUCAAUUCGUAAUAUUCAAUAUUCACUUGAAUUUACACCAAAUAAUCGUUUUCUUAUUCUUAAACAAUCAUUAAAUCUUGAAAAUAAUCCUGAUCUUAAUGAUUUUCGGAUUUUUACUUGUGAUAAUAAAUUUACAAUUUCACCUAUUAAAGAACCAAUUACUUAUAUUAAAUCAAAAUUAGCUGCGAGUGGUAAAAUUACUGGUUUUACAACUUAUGCAUUUUCAUAUGCUCGAUCGGUACUUUGGUUAGCAUAUCAAGGAACAAUAUUGUAUGUUCGUCUUCCAUCAAAUUUAGCUGAACUUGAUAUACGCUCAGAUUAUCAUUGUUGGAUGCGUCAUACUCUUGCAAUGUAUGAAAAAACAACAGAAAAAUCUAGUCUAUCAAUUAACAUAACAAGCUUGGCUGUACAAUCACCGAAUGAUUCAUGUAUAGCAUCAGGGGGUGAUGAUGGAUCGAUUGUUAUUUGGUAUUUGACAGAUAAAUAUUCUCAUAAUGUCUUAGAAUUAAUUCAUAUGGAUACGAUCACUGAUCUUAAAUUUGAUAUAAAUACAAAUCGAUUAUUUUCAUCAUCAUAUGAUCGUACACUUGCUAUAUGGUCACCUACUAAAUUACUUCAUAUUCUUCGAGUGCAUAUACCAAUUGAUAGCAUUAAUCUUUUUUCUAUUUCUAAUAUUCUUCUUGCUCGGGCGAAAUUCUGGGGAUUUGAUCGGCUUAUAAUGUUUUAUAUUGGAAAUUAUUUGCAACAAUCAACAUCUAUAAUAAAGAACAAUCUUAAUAAAGAACUUCAGAAUAUGACGAAUAUUCAAGCAUGUGAUGUAGCAAGUUGGGCUUUGUAG